AUGACCUACCCCCAACUUACGCGCCCGGAAAAGGUUUCCCGAGGCACGCACCGCUCGCUCGCCCGCGCCGCCCUUGCCGCCCUCGUGCUGAUGUUGUCUUUAGUGGGGACGGCGGCCCGGGGGAUCCCCCUGUCCGCUGACGUCACACUUGCGCCCGCGCAAACAACAGAAGGGAUCGAGGAGGCGGUCAUCCGUGUUGCCCGUUCCGACCCAGGCUGGACCCAGGAAGAUGACGUUGCGGCUGACGUCAUCGUGCCGUUCGUUGGUGUGAACGCCAACAUGAUGAACGACCGGAGGCGCACGGAGUGGCCGGUGCAGAGCUAUGGGGCGGCGCUGCGGGAGCUCGGAGCUGGCAUCGUUCGCUACCCGGGGGGUGACAUGGCGGACUCGUACAUGUGGUCGGUACCCCCCUUCGCAAAAUCCGAUCCUAGGAUGGCACGAGUCGGGCCUGAGGAAGUUCCGUGCUGGGAUGACCCAACCGAAGGCAACAUGUCAUACACUUGGCUCGGCUGCGACCCGCGCCAAAUCGACUUCCCCCUCGAGUUACACCCCCAAACCCUUGGUUUUGACGACUUCAUGACGUCAGCAAGCCAGGCGGGUUCCGCUGUUAACCUGGUGGUUCCGCUGGACGGAGCGUCGGAGUUCAACGACGACGACCACGUUCGGACGCGGAGCGUCGGAGCGGCGGAGCUUUUGGAGACGUCGGUAGCAUGGGUCACCUACUGCAAAGACAAAUACAACGUCACCCUGUGGGAGGUUGGGAACCAGCCAAACGAGCGGCUUUCGAGCGGCGACUUCGCUCACUGGCUUUUCCGGUAUAGUGUCGCCAUGAAGGCUGUUAACCCGGGCAUCAAGAUCGGGGUUUCGGGCGACGAUCCGGAAUGGCUGGACGACGUACUGAACCGAGUGGGCGCCCACGUCGACUGGAUCAGCGUCAGUGCGUCGCCCUUGAGAGACUUCCUCAGCUAUGCAGACUACCUCGCAUCGUCGAACCAAGCGCCGCCGCCGUUCGAGGCACUACGUCAGGUCCUACGCAAACAUUCCGCCGACCGUGGCGUGCCGCUCUGGUUCGCUGUGACGUCACUCUCCGCGGCCGGAGACACGUGGGCGGACGCCGACCCCGUCCGGCGCGCGCUCGCGUUUUCGGACGAGCUCCUGCGCCACGCGGCCACGCCGGGCGUUCGAUUCUUACAAUUCUCCAUGACCAAAUGGUUCAACGACAACGACCCGCUGAGCUCCGCCUUCGCGGCGACCAACGCGCUCACGCUGGUGGGCGAAGCGGUCGCCCUUGUUUCGAACGCGCUUUCCGCUUCCGGUGGGGUGAAGCUCCGCGCUACCACCUCCGUUCCGCUACUCAGCGCGUACUUCGCAAUCGACCGGACCAAAAAAGAAGCGUCCGUCGUUCUUGUCAACCACGGUGGGAGGACGCGUGUCAAGCUGCAGCUGAACGACAUCUUUACAACCGCAGAAGGAGAGUUGCCGGGAAAAUUUGGAUGGGAGGCCUCGUCAUUCGCACUGCGUCCCGCCAAAAGCGCAGACGGCGCCUUGGAAAGGUGGCAGAGACCGCUCGUACAGGGCCUCGAUGUGGACGCCGCAAUCGGAGCCGUACACGUGGAAGUCCCGGAGACGUCUUUGGUGUCCGUAAGGAUCACGAAGACGAUACGUGGCAGAGCUGAUGAAUUGACCGGCAGAACAACCCCCUCCGUCGCGCCUCCUCGCGGCCGCUACCUUGUCCUCACCGACAACCUGGCGAGCCCAUUCACACCGUACAUCCUCCGCAUCCAGGACCUGAUGCGCUCGCUGACAGCACCGGGGCACGAGGUUGUUCACUUCCUGGAAACAAGCGAUGACGUCAAGUGCCCCGACGCGACACGUCAGCAGCAUCUGGAAGAGACCGGGGCGCUGUGGAUGUGCGGCGGCGCGCCGCGGCUCUUCCAGCUGCUGCAGCAGCGCGAGCACGCGCGCGCGGGCUUUGACGCCGUCAUCAUGAUGCCCUGGUAUUGGUUCUCACCCAACCUCUUCGAGCGCCACGUGGACACCAUCGCGCAAACCGCGCCCCAAACCGCGCUCGUCGUCCUGACCGACGACGCGCACGGCGCACGCGCUGCGCGCCUCUCUGCCGACUUCCAAAAGUAUCCCCACCUGCCCUUCUCCCCGGACCCCGACGUCGCGGCGCGCGAGGCGCGCACGUACGCGCGCGCAGACGUCGUGGUCACCGUCAGCGAGGAGGACGCGCAGCUGGUCUGCGCGCACGUGCGUACGCGCGCGCAGUGCUUUGCGUGGACGUGGAGCACCAACACGACGCGCGCGCGCGUACCCGCGGCCGCGGAGUUGCCAGGGUUUGGGGCGCGGCGCGGGAUGGCGCUCAUGGGCGACUUCCACAACCCGACGACUGCGACCGCGCUUCAGUGGUUCAUCUGGAACGUCCUUCCCGCGCUCCAAGAGCACUUCGACGCAAAGAACGAGCGCGUUCCGCUCACGCUUGUUGGCAGCGGAUUCCGGUCGGCUGUCUUCACUCCGUUGCUGGCUCAGCUUGAACAGGCAAUCAAGCUGAGCCGCGGCAUCGGCCCCCUCGAACUCCAGAUCUCUCCGGAGGGCCCGGAAGCCGUCGCGCUUCUCCAAACGCAGCGCGUAAUGCUCGCGCCAGUUCAGGCCGGUACAGGUGUCAAUACCAAAGCGUUUUUUGGGUUAAGCAUCGGCCUCCCGGUCGUCUCAACCCGGGCUGCUCUCGGCGGGUAUUUCCCGCGAAAAGCGACCGGGGAUGGUGGGUGGGAGGUGGUGCCUGAAAGGGAGUUCUGCGGGAAGAGGAUGACGCCGGAUGACGUGUUCUUCGUGGGGGCGACGGCGGACGAGUAUACGAGGUCACUGAUUGAAGCCUACACAAACGAGACGGCCUGGACGGAUCGUCUGGAAGCAUCCCUUGAAGUCGCUUCCUGCCUUAUGAACGCCGACGCCCAAGCAUCAAUCGCGCAGAGACUCACAGCCGCAGUCGCAAGCGCGCGCGCGAACCUCCAAACUGUAAACCCUACGGGCAACCAGCCGCGCCGAGCGAUGCUCCAAAAAGCGCCUGAGAUCAAACCCCUAUCCACCAAAGUUCCGCCGUCCGGUGCUUUAGAAUGCAGAAACGGGAUGAGAACGCCACGUGGCAGGCUCUCGGAUUUCAGCCCGCCAGGCUGGUUCAUCUGGCCGGCCGCGGCCGCGGCGUUCCUGCUGCGCGUCGCCUUGUUCGUCGCCCUAAACCCCGCUGAAACCCUGCAAAGAAUCCCGUCUCCUCGAAAGCGGCUUGAGCCGUCCGCGAGCGCGCGCUCGCAUCUUCUGAUGGGCGCAAAGAAGCUUUGGUUGGGAAUCCUGUUCAAGAACCGGUGGGGCAGUUUCAAGGGCGGUUUUUCCGUACGGACCUUUCUUCUCGUGGGGCUUAUUUACACCGGGUUGGCUUUGAUCUUUGCCGGCGGCGCGCACCUUACUUCCUCCCCGGUCGUUAACCCGUUUUCCGGCGCCGUUAACCCCUUUUCUGGGCCCGUUGACUACUUCAACCCGAGGGUCGCGGCCGCGAAGGCCGACGCGCUCGCGCACUUGGUCGCGCCGCCCGUCGAUGUGGACUGCUCCUGCGACGGGUUCGAUUAUUUCCUGGUGAUCGGCGUUGCGUCCGCCGCGCACGCGGCCGCCGAGCGCCAGAACGCGCGCGACACGUGGGCGCGCUUCGGCGAGCUCGUGCCGCGGUGCCCAGUCAUGGUGCGCUUCAUCGUGGGGCGACACAAGAACGGCACCGUCAUGGAGAUGGUCGCCCGCGAAAUGGAGGAGUACGGAGAUAUCGUUCAGGAUCUGGCCAUCGAAGAGAGUUACGAUGCGCUCAGCCGAAAGACGGCGGCCUUCCACCGCUGGGCCGCGGAGAACGUCAGCUUCAAGUUCGCAUUUAAGACGGAUGACGACAUCUUUGUACGCGUGGACCGCCUCGUUUCGGCGCUCUACCAGGCAAGUCUCCGUCAAGGCUUCCACGUUGAGGUACGAGAUCUGCCGCGCGUUUACUGGGGGAACCUGGGCUUCAUGAAGAUGCCCAUCAAGGAACGGUCGGGCGAGUGGGCAAAAUGGUACAGCGACUUUUGGCCGGCCGGCGUGCCCUACCCGCUCUUCGGCCGCGGCCACGGGUUCGCGCUCUCGCACGAUCUGGUGCGCGCGCUCGCGCGCUGGGAGAACAAGCUGGACUGCGCGGGGCUAGAGGACGUGUGCACGGGUGUCCACCUCUCAAGCGACCACGUGUACGAAGCCACGGGGCGCCAGGGUCUGAACGUGGUGCACCUGAUGGAGACCGGGCUGCCCAUUUUUGAGGAUAUUCUCACCGACUAUGACGACACCCAGUGCGAGGAAGGCAUGACGCUCGCGCUGCAUCUGAAACGCCCCAUCGAAACGAUGCGGACGUUUGUACGCACGUACGAGACCUGCGGACGCAUGUGCGGCUGCGGCCGCGGCGCCAAAGGCGUCCGCAACGCGACCGUGAUCGCGUCAGGAUUUAAGCUCACGCAGAUGCGCGCGGCCGCGGCCGCGGCCGCGUGGCCGUACUUCGACCUCCAAAACCAGGAGACGGAGAUGUAUCACGACAAGUAUGAGUGCUUAUUCACACAGGCGGAUUACCACAGUGCGGCGGAGCGGGCUUUGUGCCGCGCGAAGGCGGGCAGGAAAUCGUUGUGA